GCUAGCAGUCACCGCCUCCUACAAGUGCCAGAGCCGGGCAGGCAGCGCGGAGGCUGCGGUGGCAGUGGCCGCGGAGCUGGCCCUGCGGGGCCCCUGGGGGGAGGGGGAGCCGUCAAGCCCCCGCUGAGGCCGCCGCUGCCGGGCCUCCCCUCCCCCCGGGGCGGGCGCCAUGCGGGGGGGCCCGGGCGAUGCGGAGCGGCGUCAGCGCUGGGGUCGCCUCUUCGAGGAGCUGGACAGUAACAAGGAUGGUCGCGUGGACGUCCACGAGUUGCGCCAGGGACUGGCCCGGCUGGGCGGGGGCAACCCGGACGGCGGAGCCCAACAGGGCAUCUCCCCUGAGGGUGACGCUGACUCAGAUGGCGGCCUUGACCUGGAGGAGUUUAUCCUCUAUCUGCAGGAGCGGGAACAGCGCCUGCUACUUCUGUUCCACAGUCUGGACCGGAAUCAGGAUGGUCAUAUCGACGUCUCUGAGAUCCAGCAGAGUUUCCGAGCUCUGGGCAUUUCCAUCUCGCUGGAGCAGGCAGAGAAAAUCCUGCACAGCAUGGACCGUGAUGGCACCAUGACCAUUGACUGGCAGGAAUGGCGUGACCACUUCCUGUUGCAUUCGCUGGAGAAUGUGGAAGACGUGCUGUAUUUCUGGAAGCAUUCCACGGUCCUGGACAUUGGCGAGUGCCUGACUGUCCCGGAUGAGUUCUCGGAGCAGGAGAAGCUGACUGGCAUGUGGUGGAAGCAGCUGGUGGCGGGUGCGAUGGCGGGUGCCGUGUCCCGGACGGGCACAGCCCCCCUGGACCGCCUCAAGGUCUUCAUGCAGGUCCACGCCUCCAAGACCAACCGGCUGAACAUCCUGGGAGGCCUACGGAGCAUGAUCCAAGAGGGGGGCGUGCGCUCCCUGUGGCGUGGCAACGGGAUUAACGUGCUCAAGAUUGCACCUGAGUCGGCAAUCAAGUUCAUGGCCUAUGAGCAGAUCAAGCGGGCCAUCUGGGGGCAGCAGGAGACACUGCAUGUGCAGGAGCGCUUUGUGGCUGGCUCCCUGGCCGGUGUCACCGCCCAAACCAUCAUUUACCCCAUGGAGGUACUGAAGACACGGCUGACCCUUCGCCGGACGGGCCAGUAUAAGGGGCUGCUUGACUGUGCGUGGCGGAUCCUGGAGCGAGAAGGGCCCCAAGCCUUCUACCGCGGCUACCUGCCCAACGUGCUGGGUAUCGUCCCCUACGCGGGCAUCGACCUGGCCGUCUACGAGACCCUGAAGAACCGGUGGCUCCAGCAGUAUAGCCACGACUCGGCCGACCCGGGCAUCCUCGUGCUCCUGGCCUGCGGCACCAUUUCCAGCACGUGCGGCCAGAUAGCCAGUUACCCCCUGGCCCUGGUCCGGACCCGCAUGCAGGCCCAAGCCUCCAUCGAGGGAGCCCCCCAGCUGUCUAUGCUGGGUCUGCUCCGUCACAUCCUGUCCCAGGAGGGCGUGCGGGGCCUCUACCGGGGCAUUGCCCCCAACUUCAUGAAGGUUAUCCCAGCCGUGAGCAUCUCCUACGUGGUCUACGAGAACAUGAAGCAGGCCCUGGGGGUCACGUCCAGCCACCGGAUCCCAGAUUUCCAAGCCCCGACCCACCAGAUCCUCACUCCUCAAACCACAGUCACGAGAGCCCAGUGGCAGAGGAGCGGGUGCUGGCGACUGCAGCUGUUGGACCCCAGAUCCCUUCACCGCAGGCACUGGGUACUAAAACUUCAUCCAUAAGAGGCAGACCCUACCACCUCCAGGCACUGGAUGCCAACCCCUUAACCCCUGGUUUCUGACCCGAGUCCUCCCAAGCACUGGAUCUUGAACGCUCAGACCCCCCAGUCUAGCUCCCAAAGGGCCAAUCGGUAUCCUGGAUCCACGCGCCCCCGUCCCAGACACACACCAGAGCCCGGAGACCUCCCCCCAUGGCACAAACCCCAUAGUCUACGGAGCCUCCAGGAAACCCAGGUCUUGGCCUCCCAGCUUGAAAACCUACGGGACUUGUCCACUGUCCUGACACGUCUCAUGCCGGCCGCAAGGGGAGGAGUUGCCUCUCCCAGGCCCUGCACAGACACUGGACCCCCUACCUCCCCAGCAAAGCCUGGACUGCAGGGAAACUUCUCUCUCAAAUACUCCCCCAGCAGGACCAUGUCUCACACCCCCUUCCCACUGUCUAGGCUGAUAACAACCCCCAGAGCCUGGGUCCCUCUGGAGGAUCCAGUCGCUCUUUCUUAGGGGCUGGCAAGGAGGCAAUACAAGGCUGGGGACACAUUAAGGGGACCGCACACAUCCCCCAGCACUGCCAGCCCCUCCCCAGACUUCAGAGUUGGAAGCCAGGAGCAGCUUCCCUAAACCCAAGCAACCAAGGAUGCAAAACAAACCCCAAACUCCCCAGUCCCCCAAAUUCAUUCCAGGUCUAUUUUUCUACCGGAGAGGAGCAGACAUCCCAUCCGCCCUAAUUCCCAGUACCCCCACCCUGUAUAUUCCGCACUUUAUAUUUGGAUUCUGAGCUUAGGCUUAUUGGGGGACCCCUCCAUUCCUUCCAAGUCCUUGGGGAACCCCAUUAAAGGACUGUAAAAGAAGAACUUGGGUUGGGGGGGGUACGGGACGACCCCCCCAAUGCUUCCACCUCCCCCACCUACACCACUCCCCACCUCCCUGCCUGUGUGUGUUAUUUCAAAGGAAAAGAACAAAGGAAUACAUUUUCUAA